AAGGUGUUUCUGCUACUAAAUAAUUAGCUAUCUGCUAGCUGUUCAGUCUGUUACUGUACAAGUGACUUUUUUUUUUUUAAAGGAUUGUAAAUAAUUUUAAGUUAAAAUGUGCAACGGUUGUGUGCAAAAAGAGUACCCAGACCGGGGUAACACUUGUCUGGAGAACGGCUCCUACCUGAUGAACUACGUGGGCUGCGCCAGCUGCCAUCAGAGGGACUUCGUGCUGAUCAGCAAUAAAUCCACUGAGGAUGAUGAUGGAGAGGAGAUUGUCACAUAUGACCACGUUUGUAAAAACUGCGACCACGUCAUCGCCCGGCACGAAUAUACAUUCUCUGUUGUCGAUGAGUAUCAGGAGUACACGAUGCUGUGCAUGCUGUGUGGAAAGGCCGAGGACUCCAUCAGCGUGUUACCGGACGACCCCAGACAGUCGGCGCCUCUCUUCUGAACUGCAAAACACGCCAGUUUUUAUACUCACGUGCUGCUGACUCCUCGCUUCAGGGUUUCAACCGUUUUUAUCAUCCUUUCAGAGUUUUAUCUAUCUGUAGUUGAGCACGCUGUGCGUUGUGGCUGCUUGUUGGCUGUUUAUGAACUACUGUGUGCUGAUGGCAGUUGAGCAGAAACUAUAACUUUUUAUGACCAUUCAUGAUAAUAAAUACACUCUCUAUGUCACUUUACGAUGUAUUGUAAAUAAACUUUUUUUUUUUACUACCAAGAA